UCGAGGCUCUGCAUGCCCAAGGCGGAAGUGUGAAAAGAGCGAUCUCGCUACACGUCCACCUCAAAUACCGGCAGAGUACUUGUGAAAAUUUCGACCUACAUUUCACGACUGUUUUAGGAUAAAAUGGAGCCUCCACCAGCCUACGACCACACAAAGCAGCCGGCCUACCCGGUACCGCCUCACCAAUCCUACCAACAGCAGGGAUAUGCUCCCCAGCCCCAGCCGCAGCCGAUGCAGCAGCCUCCCAUGGACCAAUUCACUGUGCCAGCCCAGACCACUUCCCAGAUAGUAACCGUGGGUGACUGUCCCGUCUGCCACAUCGGCAACGUGAGGAGGCGGUGCGGGUGCUCACCACUCGCCAUCUUACUUGCCAUUCUCUUGCUCCCGCUCGGGCUGUUCUUCUGCUUUUGGAGUACCGAGAAGGUCUGCUCUCACUGCGGGGCGCGCUUUGGCGCGUAAACAGGUGCACCGGUGUAGCCAAGAACGGGAGACACAGUGGAAAAAACCCUCGAUAUUUGUGCCUAUCAUGACAAUUUGGGUUAAUAAAAGCUUAGGUCAAAAUAACAUUUCCUAGGCCUACUCCUUUAAAAUUAUUACAAAUACAGCAUGCAUUUUUAUUGCCUUACUUUAAUUACCAAACCCAAAAAACCUCAAAACCCACCACCAACAUCAACAACACAACGACAUUGACAAUGACGGCGACAAAAACAACAGAAAGAACAACGAUGGCCAAAAGCCAACAACGACUACGACGACAACCAUAACCACUACAAGCCACCACAACCACACCCAACCACCAACGCUGCAAUGACCACAACCACUACGAAGCGCAACAACCACAACAACCGCAAACCACAACAACUGCAAACCUCUGCAAACAACGACGACGACAUGACCUUUUACUAAAUAUUCCAUGUGUGAAUAAAUGUG